GUUUGCAUUGAAUUCUGAAACAAGUGACAGCUUCUCACUGUCUUUUCUGUUUCUGGUUCAGUUCCCACAUCUUCCUGGAGGGGAUACCUGCAAUCUCAGAGGAUUAAGGCCCAAAGUGCCUUAUUUUGGAACUGGAAAUACAAACGGAAUGCAAUAGACACUUGUGCUGUUUAAUAGGAGUCACCUUGGAAUUUAGGACUGGAGCACCACACCGAGUAGAUUCAGUAACUAAGCUCUAUUUUUAACAAAGAAACAGUUUUAACAAAACCACACAGUUAGGUAACCACCCAGGGACCAAGUUUGCAAGUAUAUACGACAUCAUGCAACCAUAGUCCCCUCCCCUUACCGGUUUACGGAAAGGAGGUCACUAUUUUGCCUUUAAGUUCCAAGAUCUGGUCUCAGUAUGGAGGAGGACAAUAAUAUUGAGUUUCACCAGAAGUUUCUCCUCAUUGAUGAAAAACUGGAGCGUAAAGACGUGGAGUCUCUUAAGUUUCUCUGUAGUGACUUGAUCUCACCUAAGAACCUUGAGGGUAUAGACACAGCUCACCAACUCUUUCAGAAGUUCAUGGAUGAAGAUUUGUUGAAUGAAGAUGAUUGUUUCCUAGUGGCAGAGCUCCUCUUCCUAAUUAAGCAACAUUAUCUACUACAACACAUUGGAUACACAAAGGAAAAAGUACAGAAAGAACUUUCUACCAAAGGGAAAAUUUCCUCAUACAGAGUUAUGCUUUACAACCUACAUGAGGAAGUCACUAAAGAAGAUUUUGAGUAUAUCAAAUUCCUCUUACAUAAGGAUAUACCAAAGUCAUUAGUGUCCUUUUUAAGUCUUUUGAGACAUAUGGAGAAAAAAGAAUUUUUAAGUGAGAAUAAUCUGGAUAUGCUGGAGAGAGUGUGUACGCCUUUGUCAGCAAAUCUUAUAAGACGAAUCAACCAAUACAAAGACGAGAAAAAGGAGAGAAAGUUAAGUGUUGCGUCAGGGGCCACUGAGAGCUUGUGGAAGAAAGCUGCUGAAGAGAACAAGGAGGGAGUACAGUAUACGAUGGGUCGUAGACACAGAGGUCUCUGCCUCAUUUUUGACAACUCUGAAUUUCAGACCAUGGACUUCAGGGAAGGAAGUUGUAAAGAUGUAGAUGAACUGACGAAUGUUUUUGAGUGGCUUGGAUUCAUAGUGAGAAUUCAUUGCAACACAACAAAAGAAGAAAUGGAAAAGAUUUUGAUCCUGUGUAGCACCGACCCAAAGCACGAAGACAGCGACUGCUUUGUGUGCUUCGUCCUCAGUCAUGGGGACUCUGGUUCUGUGUUCUCCUCGGAUGAAAAGAGCAUAGCCAUUCUUGACAUCACAUCCUACUUCAGGGCCCGCCCAUGCCCGGGCCUGAUAAACAAACCCAAGCUCUUUUUCUUCCAAGCCUGUCAAGGCGAGGAUAUGCAAGAAGCUGUGCCUCUUGACGCAGAUGCUAGGAGUGCCAGUGCCUCACUUCCUGUCCCCAAGAAUAUCCCUCAGAGGUGCAUUCCAAAGGAAGCAGAUUUCCUCCUUGGGAUGGCCACUGUUGAUGGCUGUUGUGCCAUUCGACAUAGAAUAAAAGGUUCCUGGUAUAUUCAAGCCCUCUGCCAUCAACUGAAAUGCUUGGUGCCAAGACGAGAAGACAUCUUAACCAUCCUAACAGUAGUCAAUGAUGUCGUGAGCCAACAGGCUGAUCCGAGUGGGAAAAUCAAACAGAUGCCCCAGCCUGCUUUUACCCUACGGAAAAAAGUUAUAUUCCCGGUGCCACCUGAUGCUCCUCCAGCAUCAGAAGAGAAUUUGUUUUCCCCUUAGAAUGAUACAGUCUCAAAGAAGGAAGUAACUCAGAGUUCAUCUGAAGAAAUCCAACCAAUGAGGAAUCUUCUUUAUAAUAUGAUGACAGAUGAUCACUGAACCUCUACUUGAAGUGAUUAUCAGAGCCUCAUUAAUUUUUGAUGUAUCUUAUUCUCUUUUUGAGAGUUCUGAUCGGCAAGAAGUUCUGUCUUGUAGUGAGCUGAAAAGCUUGCCUUCCUAUAUCCAGCACCUAGUGGCAUUAGUUCAUUUCUCUGGAGUGGCGUGAUAUAUCUAAUCCCCUUUCCAUAAGGGUACGAGAACAUUUCAAAUACUUGAGGAUGGCAGUCUUCUCUUUUCCAGUUCUACUACCUGAGAAAUCUGUGACAUUUAGCUGCUGUUGCACGUUCUCUCUUGGUGGAAAUAUAGUCUCAUGUUAUUAUUGAAAUCCUCUGAAUGGCUAGGGGUGCAUCAUUGGUUGAGAUGGGAAUAGUUCUGUUAUAUUGGAGUCAUAGUAUUAUAAAUAUUAUAGAGUACUAGCCUUGGAGUUAGCUGAGACCUAGAUUCUAGUGCAGUCUCUGACACUAGCUAUAUGGCCACAGGCUAGCCUUUUAACCUUUGUGAACCUUAGUCAUCACAUUUGUAAAAUGGAGAUAAUAUCACCUGCUUUACUGAAAGGACCAAAUGAGACAGAGAGGGACCUGAUAUGUACUGUCAUUGGUAUAAAGAACUCCCAGGUGAGGACAUUCCCUCCACCAGUGUGGACCAGCACCUUCUCCGUAACUUUCUGGAGCUGGCUAAGGCCCUGAAAUAUUGUCACUUGUUCAGGGAAAUGGUUAGAAAGACGCUAAGGGGCAUACAGUCUGGUAUGUGUCAGGGAAAGGAAUUUAACCCCAACCUUUCUGACUCUGAAGCUGACUCUCUAACCACUAUUCAACAUUGGUUCUUGUAAAGUGUAGAACUUAGAACAAUUAAUAAGUGUUGGCUACUAUUAUUAUAUUAAGCUUAUAUGAAAAGCUGGAUGUUUCUAAAUUCUACUAUAUUAGUGAGGCUGGAGUAAAAGCACUUGGUUGGGGGGUGCUCCUCAGCUGGUAACUGCUGGACUUCUGAGAAUUCUGCCUUUUAACUAGAAAAGAUAUAAGGAAGUGCUUUCUAAAACUUAGUAUAACCCAAAAUAGAAAAGAUCACCUCACAAAGUAGUGAGUUUCCAGUUCCUCCAAAGAGUCUUAGUAAGCAACAACAGCAUUCCUUCUGACUCAUUUGGAAAACAAUCCUCCUAAUCUGUUCCUCCUCGCUGCCAAUUUCUGGACUGUUUCUUUGGAAAAGGAGCCGCCCACAGCUCUGAGCCUUGAUGUCCUCAGUCGAUUUCCAGCAGUGUAUAAUUAAUAUUCACUUUAACAAAAAAUAUUGGGACUUGGAUUUUUACAUUUUUACAUUUUGCAUUUACAUAUGAAAUGAAGACUUUGAUGACAACAGAGAAGCAUGGGAAGACAUACCAUCUGAUUCAAGGUGAAUUGAGCAGAACUAGGAAAACAAUGUACAAAGUGACUGCAACGACGUAGAUAGAAAGAACAAUAACAAAACCAUUGAGAAUGUGUUCUGCAAAAUUAUAAUGGCCACCCUUGGCACUAAAGCAAAGAUAUCAGAGGCCACCUCCCCUCUCUGAUAGGCCAGGCCUGACUCAGGACAGUCCUCUGGUAAUUUAGGUUUGAUAUCGGGAUGAAAUGAAGCACUUUUAGGACAUAAAAAGAGGUUUACUUAAAGGAUACUCAACAGGAGACAGCAUAUGGAUCUGGAAUGGCCCUACUUGUUUAUCAGACUCCAUAUGGGUAGGUCUCUUUUAUCCCUUUAUGUUGAAAUCUCAGGGACCAUUUCGAUACCUUUUAAGGAAAAACUAGUCUAACUUACAUUGGGUGAGAUCCUAGGAAAAGCAAGCCUAACAUGACCUGGGAACUAUUAGGUAAUAUUGCUCCUACCGUACCCUACUUCUUUGUAGAGGUGGGAGACUAUGGGUGGGAUACUGCAACUGUCAACAUUUUCAACAUGUUGGUUAGUUUUGCUAAAACGUUUUUUUCUUCUUUUUUAUAUUUUGCUACAAAGGAUGGUUCUCUGGGAAGAGUAGGAUAGAAGGAAAUUUGGGGAAACGUAGGUGGUAUAAAAAUAAAAAUUAUCGAUACAAUUUUGUUUUUUAAAAUAUUUAGUGGGAGAGGUAGGGGAAUAGUGGAUAGACAGCUGGUCUCAAAGAUGGGAGACCUGGAAUUCAGUUCCCUGCCCCUGUUACAUACUAGCUUAGACAAGUCUCUCACCCUCUCAGGGCCCUAGGCAACAACUAUCUAAGAUUAUAAUUUUCAGAAAAGGAGCCAAUUUGUACAGGGUGAAGUUCCUUGCUAGGAGUUCCCUAUACUGAUAAAAUCACAGUUCAGUCCAAAAACAAAACAAAAAACAAAUCCCAAAACAAAGCCUUGGUAGAACUUCAUGUAUAACUUGGAACUCUGUAAUGGUUUUACACGAAUUUAUUUUAGUUAAUCAUACCUAGACAUACAGUCUCUGUGGAAUUGUUUUCUCCUGGGACCCUAGGGGUUUCUGCAUCCACUUUUAUGACUUUCAGACAGUCGUGGGAGCAGGCAGACACAUGGGUUAACCUCAGAAGUUCAAUGUCCUGACUAUUAUGUAAAUGUUUUGCAUAACUACACAUGUAUAACCUAUAUCAAAUU